AUGAUCACAUCCAUCGAAGACGUUGGCCAAGACGGACCCCAUGGAGAUCUAUGUAACGGGACGUCAAACGGGCCACCGAAAGAAGCUCCAGUCAAGGAAAAUAACUGGCAGCACCCGGGGCCGGCAGCAUUCGACCUGCGCAGCGACAUUAUGACCACGCCCACAGCCCGAAUGCUCGACGCCAUCGCGGCCACGACCCUCCUCGACGACGACUUUCGACAGGACCCCACGACGCUGGGGCUCGAGUCGCGAGUCGCGCAACUCACCGGCAAGCAGGCAGGCCUGUUCGUCGUCAGCGGCACCAUGGGAAACCUCGUCAGCAUCAGGACGCACCUCCAAGCCCCGCCGCACAGCGUCCUCUGCGACCACAGGAGCCACAUCGUCACCCACGAAGCCGGGGGCAUCGCGAGCCUCUGCGGCGCCAUGGUGCAGACGGUCGAGCCAGCAAACGGGCUGUACCUGACGGUGGAGGACCUCGCGGCCAAGCUGAACAGGGGCACCCUCGUGACGGACUGCCCGACGCGGCUGGUGUCGCUGGAGUGUCCGCUGGGAGGCGUGGUGAUGCCGCUCUCCGAGUGCCGCCGCAUCAGCCAGUGGGCGCGAGGGCACGGCGUGCUGCUGCACCUCGACGGGGCGCGGCUGUGGGAGGCGGUGGCCGCCGGGGCGGGAUCGCUGCGCGACUACUGCGCGUGCUUUGACAGCGUGAGCCUCUGCUUCUCCAAGGGCCUGGGGGCGCCUGUCGGCUCGGUGGUGGUUGGGAGCGAGGCCUUUCGCGAGCGGGCGAGGUGGCUGCGCAAGUCGAUUGGCGGGGGGAUGCGGCAGGCGGGCGUUGUGUGUGCGGCGGCGAGGGUCGCUGUGGAAGAGACCUUUUUGGGAGGCAAGCUGCGGUGGGCGCAUGAGCGGGCGAGGCGGAUUGCGGGUUUGUGGGAGGGAUAUGGAGGCGGGCUGGUGUAUCCGGUUGAGACGAACAUGGUUUGGCUGGAUCUCGAGGCGGCGGGGGUGAGCGAGGGGGAUUUUGUGAAGAAGGGUGAGGCGUUGGGGCUGAAGAUUAUGGGGAGACGGCUCGUCGUGCACUAUCAGAUUGGGGACGAGGCGGUUCGUCGGUUGGACGAGCUUUUUGGGAGCUGUUUUGUGACAAGGGCGUAG